GCCCCCUGGUGGACAGCCAUGGGCGAGCAUAUGACUGCUCUCGGCUCCGCCCCGCCGUCCAACGGGCACUUCCGGAGCCGGGCGUCUGCAGACCGCGGCCACCUCCACCUGCGCCCGAGGCAGACGGUGCAGAGGCCUCCGGGACAGGCGUCUGAGGCCUGCUCCGCAGCGCGGGCCCGGGGGCGGGCCUAGGGGCGGGGCCUGCUGUGGUGCGCACAGGCGCCGCUCUGGCCACCUGUGCCCGGGUCCUAGUGGCGGCCGCAGUGACGCAGGUCGGAGGGAAGAUGGCAGCGCCCUGGUGGCGAGCCGCGCUGUGCGAGUGUCGGAGAUGGCGGGGCUUCAGCACCUCGGCCGUCCUGGGCCGCCGGACACCCCCGCUGGGGCCGAUGCCCAACAGUGACAUCGACUUGAGCAACCUGGAGCGGCUGGAGAAGUACCGGAGCUUCGACCGCUACCGGCGCCGGGCAGAGCAGGAGGCGCAGGCCCCGCACUGGUGGCGGACCUACCGAGAGUAUUUCGGGGAGAAGACAGAUCCCGAAGAGAAGAUUGAUAUUGGGCUGCCUCCACCCAAAGUCUCCCGGACCCAACAGCUACUGGAACGGAAACAGGCCAUCCGGGAGCUUCGGGCCAAUGUGGAAGAGGAGCGGGCUGCCCGCCUCCGCACAGCCAGUGUCCCGCUGGAUGCCGUGCGGGCCGAGUGGGAGAGGACCUGUGGCCCCUACCACAAGCAGCGUCUGGCUGAGUAUUACGGCCUCUACCGAGACCUGUUCCACGGUGCCACCUUUGUGCCCCGAGUCCCCCUGCACGUGGCCUACGCUGUGGGUGAGGACGACCUGAUGCCUGUGUACUGUGGCAAUGAGGUGACUCCAACCGAGGCUGCCCAAGCGCCAGAGGUGACCUAUGAGGCAGAAGAGGGCUCCUUGUGGACGUUGCUACUCACUAGCUUGGAUGGGCACCUGCUGGAGCCAGAUGCUGAGUACCUCCACUGGCUGCUAACCAACAUCCCGGGUAACCGGGUGGCUGAAGGACAGGUGACGUGUCCCUACCUACCCCCCUUCCCUGCCCGAGGCUCCGGCAUCCACCGUCUUGCCUUCCUGCUCUUCAAGCAGGACCAGCCGAUUGACUUCUCCGAGGACGCACGCCCCUCACCCUGCUAUCAGCUGGCCCAGCGGACCUUCCGCACUUUUGAUUUCUACAAGAAACACCAAGAAGCCAUGACUCCAGCUGGCUUGUCCUUCUUCCAGUGCCGCUGGGAUGACUCCGUCACCUACAUCUUCCACCAGCUUCUGGACAUGCGGGAGCCGGUGUUUGAGUUCGUGCGGCCGCCCCCUUACCACCCCAAGCAGAAGCGCUUCCCCCACCGGCAGCCCCUGCGCUACCUGGACCGGUACAGGGACAGUCAUGAGCCCACCUAUGGCAUCUACUAAGGAGCCAGAGUGUGCGCACUUCAGAGCAUGGGAUUGAUCGGCAGCAAGAGUAAAGACACAGCUCCAGAGGCCCACACUGUGGGGUCUGGGCCCUGCCUUAGGCAGCCCCCCUCUUUGGCCCCCUCCCAUCGGGCCCAGGGCUUGGAGUGAAAGUGACUCUCAGGUGGUGGGGUGGGGAAUGUGAAUAAAGAUUAUUUCUUGCCGGGC